AUGGGAUUCCUAUACUCUCAACUAUUCAUCAAACCAGCUUAUCCCAAGAGAUCUUUUGCUGGAGAAACCGUCAUUGUGACCGGAAGCAACACCGGGCUGGGGAAGGAGGCAGCACGACAUUUCGCUCGUCUGGGGGCCUCGAAGCUGAUCCUGGCCGUGCGAAACACCAAAUCUGGCGAAGCUGCCAAAAGCGACAUUGAAAAGACCACCAAGUGUGGCCCCGACGUGAUCGAGGUCUGGGACCUCGACCUCUCCUCGUACGCAUCCGUGAAAGCAUUCGCCGACCGCGCAUCCAAGCUUUCCCGCAUCGACGUGCUGCUCGAGAACGCCGGUAUCGCCACUGGUACCUACAGUGUCGCCGAGGGCCACGAACGGACCAUCACGGUCAAUGUUAUCAGCACGUUCCUGUUGGCUUUGCUCCUGUUACCGAAACUGAAGGCCACGGCCAAGGACUUCAAGACGAACCCGCGCCUCAGCAUCGUGUCCAGCGAAGUGCACGGCUGGUCCAAAUUCCCCGAGUGGAAAGAACCCCAUGUCUUUGAGGUGCUCGACGACGAGAAGACGGCGAAUUUGAAGGAACGAUACCCGACCAGCAAACUGCUCGAGGUGCUCGUCAUCCGCCAGAUCGCGCCCAAGCUCGCCGGCUCCGGCGUCAUUCUCAACUACCUCAAUCCAGGUCUGUGCCAUUCCGAGCUCGGCCGCGAGGGAUCCAUCAUCCUGGAGGUGAUGAAGUUCUUCCUGGCCCGCUCGACCGAGGUGGGCAGCCGGACCUUGGUCGCCGCCGCCGAGGCCGGCAUGGAGUCGCACGGCAAGUACAUGUCGGACGGCAAGGUGGACGACGGCGCCCUCUCGAGUUUUGUGAGGAGUCAGGACGGCGACGCGGCGGCCAAGAAGGUGUGGGACGAGCUGAGCGACAUCCUGGACAAGAUUCAACCUGGGAUUACGCAAAACAUUUGA